AUGAGGGUUGGUGAAACCCUUCAGAGUUACGCCAGUCGGUAUUGGGAACUAUACAAUGAGAUCGGUGGGGGAAAUGAGAAGAUAGCGGCAAGCACCUUUAGGAUGGGGCUCCUCAAGGAUUUAGAACUACAAGAGUCGCUGACGAAAAGACCUCCUGAGGAUAUGAGACAACUUAUGAGGCGCAUUAAGGAAUAUAAGCGUCUGGAAGAUGAUCGGCUGCAGAAUAAGGGGAAGGCCCUAUUACUCGGCAGAUCUCGGCAGGGCAUUAUUCCGGCAAGACCAAAAAACGAUUUCAGGAUGCAGAAAUCAGAAGCGCAAAUUGAAGGAGUUAAUGUGGCGUUCAAAGAGCCGCUAGUAAAGGCAGGGUAUCUGAAAGAGUUUGUAGUGGAUUUCGUAGACCGAGAUGCCGGCCAGGGUGUUCAGCAGAAAAGGAAUCCCCUCCCACCACCACUGGGAGUGAUCGAAGUCAUCCACGCUGCCCCGAGAGAUGCGGCAACAACUAAGGGAGUAUUGACAGUGGCCUGUGCGGAGGGAGAAUCACCCAAGAAAAGGAUGAAAGUUGGUUGGCUGACAAUCUCUUUUGACGAGGAAGACUUGGAGGGGACGAUCCAACUUCAUGAUGAUGCGUUGGUAGUAACAACACGGAUAAACGGGUUCUUGGUGAAAAGAGUGAUGAUAGACCAGGGAAGCGGAGUUGACGUAAUGUACCCAGAUUUGUUCGAGGGGCUCGGAUUGAAGAGCCAGGACUUGGAGAAAUAUGAUACGCCGCUGGUCUUGUUUGACGAAAGAGUCGUGAUCCCCGAAGGUCAGAUUUCUCUCUCGGUGGACAUGGAAGGCAAGGAAAUAAUGGUGACCUUCAUAGUAGUCAGAUCGUUCUCGCCGUACACUGCAAUCCUGGGAAGACCGUGGAUUCAUGCAAUGAAGGCUGUUCCGUCCACCCUACACAUGAAAGUUAAAUUUCCCACCGAGUAUGGAGUCGCCGUGAUAUGA